CCAUACAGUGCAUCAGGCUACACGACCGCUUUGACAGGUGCAACGAUGACUCCGCUGUUGCUCGUUGCAGCAGCGCUGGUGCUCAUGUGCGCCCCAUCGCCCCCGACGGCCUUCGCGUCGCCCCCGGCAUUCCCGCGCGAAUCCCGACAGCUGUACACGCGCUCGAUCGCCCGCUCGGUGAUCGCCCAAGCGCCGUCGGAGAGCCGCCUCAUCGGCGCGAAGGGUGACCUGCCGCCCCUCAUCAGCCGCCUCGUAGACAACGCCACGGCCAUCAGGGAGGGCAUCGUCGAUACCUUCAGCUGCGACGGCAGGUAUUAUGGUUAUUACGCCGAUCAGGACAACGAGUGUCAGAUAUUCCACAUCUGCGUGCCUAUGAAACAGCUGUUCCCUGAUUUGUAUGAUGAUACAGAUAUCCUGCAGUUCUCGUUCAUCUGUCCCAAACACACGAUUUUCACACAGGACGCGAUGGUGUGCGCGUGGCGCGACUCGGCCUUCCCCUGCAGCGAGGCCCACCGCCUCUACGACCGCAAUUCCAUGUUCUUCAUCGUCCCCGCCGAAGACGUGCGUCGCGAGCGCUCGGACGUCGAACAGGCGACGCCGGCGUCCGAUUCGGCCUCGACAGCCGCAGCGACGACUGUGACGUCAUCCACGACUACUACGUCAUCCACGACGACCCCAUUUCCCAUACGGAGAAGGACGUCAACCACUGAAGUAACUACGACCACGACCCCGCCGACGUUAGUUCCCAUGAGGAGAAGGAGGACGUCUACCACCGAAGCGACGACCACGACUCCGAGCUCGUCGACGCCACUUCCCAUUCGGAGAAGGGAUCCCUCGACCACGGAAGCGACAACGACGACCAUCAACAGAAGGAGACGAAGCACCACGACCACGACAACGCCCGAGCCCGACGCGGCGUGGACGACCGUCACCGAGAGCGCCGAGCCCAUCACGUCCCAGUUCCGAUGGCGGAGGAGGCCGUUGCAGCGGUCGUACUACGCGGUCUAGGAAGGCCCGACACUCACGAAGACAGACACAACGGCGUGCGAAAAAAAACGAAGAAGAUUUUCGUUUCUUUUGCAUGUUUUGAUCGUUGGGCUUAGCUUAGCGCCGCCUUCAGGAGAUGCUUCACCGAUUGAUUAAUGUUUUAAUUAAUUGAUUGUACUUCUUCAGAAUUAUUUAGAUGGGCAUUACUUAUUGUUAAUAUUAGAUAUUUGCUUAGGUCAUAUAAUUAGCAAGGAGAGAGAAUAACUGUAACAAGGAGGAGAAUGGCAAGAAAUAUAAAGAAUGAGUGAGAGAGAGAGAGAGAGAGAGAGAGAGAGAGAGAGAGAGAAAGAGAGA